AUGAAUGCGGAAGGCUCCCAUAUCUAUCCCGGGUAUGGGGUGGCAAACCGGGGUAUACGAGGUGAACAAAUAACAGAAGAAAGACGUGUUAGCAGCGGAGUUAGGACUGGGGAGGAGGAAGAAAGCGAUGUUCGGAUAUCAGAGUUAUUUGAACGGGCUGAACUCGGUCAUCCGUUCGGGUAUCGUCGAGAUGUCAACCUUCUCAUGGAUGUGAUAUGCGAUCGACUGUCAAGUCGGUUAUGCCAUCGGUGUGUCCGUCAGACAUGUAACCAGACGUGUCCCCGUCUAUCUGAAAUCAGCGAUUCCUGCCAAUGUCAAGAGACCAAUGGUACUGCCUCUAAUCUCAGUAGACUGGUGCAAGGUCGAGAGGAAAUCACCCAGACUACAUCACAUCGAUGCGAGUCAUGCAACGUUAUUUUGUGUGACAGAGCCAAUGCGAGAGAAACGGUUCUAGCAGAAUCCAGAGGUAGUAAUCAUCCUGACCCUGAGACUUUCAAUAAAAGAAGAAUGGGAUUCUUGAAGAGCAGAGCCUUCCUUGAGCAAAAGUUCAAACAAGGGAUGGCAGAGAAAGCUCGGCAAUUAUCCCUUAGCUCGGCACCAAAUAAGACACUCGCUAGCCACAAGUUCGGCGAUGAUCUGCUGAGACAUCCUCCAGGUGCCUGUAAGGCAAACUUUUAUGGUACACCGGGUUCGGCACGGGUCCAAACUGAGAAGCCCGUGUACAUCGAAGGGACCAACCCCUUUCUUGAUCAGCUGAAGUUUGAGCUUCAGAAUGACGAAGAUACAAAGCAACAUUUUGCGAACAUAUACCAGAAAGAUUACCCAUCUUCUCCACAGUCUAACCUUCCGUACGAAACUCCGUUAGAAUUCGAAAAUAGGACUGUUGGCGCAACACGACAUAUGCACGCAUCACCAGUAGAUCUUCUGCGGAAGCGAAUUAGUCACUACGACAAUGGUUCAAAAUGGGCGCCGAAGGGCAACCUGGAAUAUCGUGUACAACAUAACAAGCAAACGAAAAUGGCGGGAGAAAGUCCUCGCCGAUGGACAGUUGAGGAAUAUGGAAGAAAUGACGAAAGAUCAUCCGAAGAGUUGAUGGAAGUUGACCCCAGUAUCCAUCACCAAGUUGUGUCAUUGAUCCCUCGAGCCACUGGACAGAAGAAUGGACGUUGCAACGCCCUAGUUGGGUUCGCUGAUAAAAUGUCCCAAGAGGCGAUGGCAGAAGGACCCACCUACAAACAUUCGUCAGCAUUGUGGAAACAGACAUACGAGAAAUUAUUCGGCCGAAGCUCUUCGAGUCCUACAAGCACCGUUCUCCAAUCGUUGCAGAAGAAAAAAUUGAACUUAAAUCCUAAAGAGGAUCGUGCUUCAGAGGAGAGAGGAAUCCAAGCUGUUCCAUCAGCUCACGUAGCAGAAACCCAAACCAACGACGGUUCAGGGAGUAGUAUCCAGGAAACUUCGAUGGGUCAGCAAACUACAGAAACAGGAAACGGUGCUGGAAUUAAAGCAAUCACAUCAAUUGGAAUUGGUAACAUUGACUCUGUAAAGAUUCAUGCAGAUGUUUGCACCCAAACUUCAAAGACUUCGCAAGAAUCGGUCAGGCAGCAACCAUUCUCCUUGAACAUGUGGACACAAACGCGAACACUACCACGAGGGACUGAACCUAUAACACUACCCGUUCCAAGGAAAACCACUGGGCACCAGCCAAUUCAUACACAUUACUCAUCCGACUGGUCACCCGUCUCUGAAAGUGAUAAUGAGGAUGCUUUACCAAUGAACCCGAAGAAUACUGUCAAGUUCUAUAAACAGUCAUUCAAGAAACUGAAAAAGAAAUUUGUAGGAGGAAAGGAUGCAUCCUCCAGCGAUUCCGAUGUGGAUACUCGUCACCGGGUCGGUAGGGUUUUGGGAUCUUCUCGCGAUGCCUCCACUGACAGCUGGUAUAACAUGGACACAUCCAGCCACUCUCAACUACAUGGUCAGCCUAAAACGACCCACACCCGCUCUUUUCAGUAUGCACAUCCUGUGCUUCGCGAUGUCCUCUGCCUUGAGAAACCACCUCAGACUGACCCGUCGAAAUUCGAAAGAGUUAACAGAGAGGAGUCACCGGUCCACUCUCAGAACGUCCUUUGGUGUUAUGACGAAUGCGAUAUGGCGGCUUUCUUUGAGCUCCAUCAUCUCGAUGUCCCCAUAUCACUCCGCAAGAAGAAAGGAAAGAGAAAUAAAAAUAAAAGUGACGAUGAAAGAUCAGGGCAAGUGAUUGCUGUCAAAAAGGAGGAUAUCAAGCAAGAACAAACAGGCAAAAUGUUUGACGAAGAGAAGUUCAAACGGCCAGUCAUACCCCAAAGUCCGCCACCUACGAUGAAACAAAAACCUGAAUUUCACCAGGGUAAUCUAAAUCAGUUUGAGGCGAAAGAAGGUACACGACGCUUGUCAUGGCGCGACCAAGCACAUAUCAACCGAAAGGCGAAGUUUUUCGAGGUAGAAGCAGAAAUUGCAGGUGAGACCACACGGUCAUCUGUUGAAGAGCGUAAAAUUUCGUUCGUUCCAGACACCGGUACUGUUCGUCGGAUCAGUCUCUUCGAAGGGAUGGCUCGCCAUUGAUCCAAUGUCUCCGAAGGGACAGGGAUCGGGAGUGGUCGACUCUGGGCUCUUCGGGCUCCUGAUCCCCGAGGGUACCGCUCUUGUACUCGUCACCCAGAAUUGCCAAAAUGGCGUGAAAUUUUCCUUUCAGAAAUUCUGAGUAUUGAUAAUGCUUCACCAUUGCUCAUGAAAUUGUCAUGGUUACUUAAUGAUAAAAAGGAAAAAGGAAAAAUAAAAGAAACAAAACACACACAACAAACAAACAAAAUACCCCCUAGAGUUUGAGCGAAGCUGUAAACGAGCAUGCAUCUUGCAAUGCUUCCUUCAUUACCAGUAAAAAAAUAGGGUACCGAUUACCAUUUGCCUCCUCUGAAUUAAGGAAGCUGUAUUAAGUAUCUUUUUGAAAUAAAGUCGUGUGUUGAAGAGCGUUAUGAUUAUAGUUUUUCAUG